CCUGGUCUACAUACUGAGUUCCAGGACAGCCAGGGCUAUAUAGUAAGACCCUGUCUCAGAAAAAAAAGGGGGGGACAGGAGCAAACAAUACAAAAAGCAGCUUUAUUCAUGGCUUCGGGUGCCAAGCAAGUAUCCUCAGAACCAGGGCAAUCACUCAAGUUUUCUGUUUUGCUUUUCACUCGUUUUUAUGCAAAGGGGCUGAAUGGGGGCACCAUCAGAUUCUUGGAGUUAGGACUAAGAACAUUUGAAGGCCAGUUCAGUAGCUAUUUCUUGUGUGCCUGAUUCCUGAAUUCGGCCCUGGGUGGAUGAAGGACUUCCGAGGAUUAGUUAAGGCUCAGAUAGAAUGAAAGCCAGGCAGGGUGGGUUGUUUUAACAAAUAAGGUCAUGGGUGCCUGGUUUCCCUUAAUAGGAGGCACUGUUGGAGUAAAUCAACAUCUAACUAGCCUCCAGACCUUUUCUUCAAGGGUCUUUUAGCACCUAGCAGCAUCUUAGAGAAGGGCUUCGGUACUGGGAGUGAGUAGAGACCAAGAAUCAAGGGAGUAAGUAUUCUUUCUGGCCAAGAGAAUUGAUUGCACACAACUGAAGGGCCAGAAUAGUCUCCCUAUCCAGGUCAGUGUCAUGCAUGCUCACAUGCACUUUGCCAUCCAUGUGUGCACAUACAGGCCCAGAUUCCUUUUGUAUUUUAGUGCCUUGCCUGUCUUUCAUCAUCUGUAUACCCCAGGGCUUUCUCUCCAGCUAGAGACAGGUGGGCCGAUGGCUUGUCACCUGUCUCCUGCCUUCUCAACAGCCUGGUGUGAUUGUGCACAUCUGUAAUCCUUGCACUUGGGGCAGAGGCAGAAAGAUUGCCUCAAGUUUGAGGCCAGCCUGAAUUGCAUAAGGAGUACCAGGCCAGGCAGGGCUACAGAGUAAGGCCCUAUCUCAACAAAACAAAACAUCACAAACUGGUGAGUAGGUCUUGCCCUCUGACUUAAGAGUUGGUGGGGGUGAAGCAAAGCCCCAUUAUCCCUGGAUAAAGGAGGCGAAAGGAGUUGCUCCCAGGCUGUCUCAUAGCCCCCACCCAUGUAGGUUCCUAUAGGCGCAACACAGAAGGGAAAAAAGACAAAGUCUCUUCCGGCAGCAGGAAGUGGUAACUACCUAUGGGGAAAUGAGGCUAGUUCUUUCCUUUGGGGCUGAGUAGAAGGGGAACUGUAGCUGAACCCUGCUCCCUCCCCCUCAGGGGGCCCAGAGGGAACACAGGCCUGCAGUCCUCUGGGGAACUUCCCAUCAGCUGUCAGGACUCCCUUAGGCCUCACUCAGGGUUGUGACUCCAGGAAGGAGGGUGGCAUCUGAUGUCCAGGGAGGCUGCGGGGAGGCAGGCUGCCUAGGGGCAGUUCUGGGCUUGGAGCAGCUAUGGCGCCACUGUCCACUGGUAUUGAGGGCCAGUGGCCUUAGGGAUGUGGUCUGACACUGGAGACCACAUAGAGCUUUCUGUAGAUGGUGAGGAACAGCAGCAGGUGGUCCCAGGCAUGUUGGGGCCCUCUUGCAUUGGCUGCUUUAUGCUGAGUGUUAGGGCUCAAGGUGAUAUAGGUAGAUGAGCAGAGGAAGGAGGAAGACAGCCUGCCUCAAGAGCUGUGCACCUGGGAAGGGGCGCCUUGUCCUUCUGAGGCCCACCAGAGCAGCAAGCAGCUCUUGGUCUAGGUUGCCCCGCCCCUCCGGGGGACCUGCUCGGGGCGGGGCGGGGCGGGGCGUAGCUGGUGGAGGGUGCUGGUCUUGGCGCCCCUGGUCCCUGUGCUCGGCCGUCUCGCCUUGCCGCAGCGUGGGAGCAUCGGGACUUGAAGGUGCGAUCAGCCCUCGGCCAUGGCGGCGCACGGGAAGCUGCGGCGGGAGCGGGGGCUGCAGGCUGAGUAUGAGACACAAGUCAAAGGGAUGCGCUGGCAGUUGAGUGAGCAGCUCCAUUGCCUAGAGCUUCAGGGAGAGCUGCGGCGAGAUUUGCUGCAGGAGCUAGCUGAAUUUAUGCGGCGCCGGGCAGAGGUGGAGCUGGAGUACUCUCGGGGCUUGGACAAGUUGGCUGAACGCUUUGCCAGCCGCAGUGGUCGCCUGGGGGGCAGCGGCCGGGAGCAGCAAAGCUUCCGGAAGGAGCCGACUCUCCUGUCACCCUUGCACUGCUGGGCUGUGUUGCUGGAGCACACGCGGCAACAGAGUCGUGAAAGUGCCGCCCUCGGCGAGGUGCUGGCUGGGCCCCUGGCUCAGCGCCUGAGUCAUAUUGCUGAGGAUGUGGGACGCAUAGUCAAAAAGAGUAAGGACCUGGUGCAGCAGCUGCAGGAUAAGCUCCUGGAGGUGGUCUCAGAACUCCAGACAACCAAGAAGACAUAUCAUGCGUACCACUUGGAGAGCAUGAAUGCUGAGACCAAACUCCGGGAAGCUGAGCGGCAGGAGGAGAAGCGGUCAGGCCGGAGUACCCUGCCCUCCACCACGGCUGCCUCUGCCAGCACCACAACUACUGUCACCACCACUGAGACAGGGCCCCUCAGAAAGAGCUCUUUCAAGAAAGGAGGGCGACUGUUGGAGAAGCGUCAGGCCAAGUUCUUGGAGCAUAAACUUAAGUGCACGAAGGCCCGAAACGAGUACCUGCUCAGCCUGGCCAGUGUCAAUGCUGCUGUCAGCAACUACUAUUCACACGAUAUUUUGGACCUCAUGGAUUGCUGUGACACAGGUUUCCACUUGGCCCUGGGGCAGGCCAUCCGGAGCUACAAAGCUGCUGAGAACCGCACCCAAACCUGCCAGAUGCAGGGAUUGGGCAGCCUGGAAGAGGCUCUGGAGGCUCUGGAUCCUCCAGGGGACAAGGCCAAGGUGCUUGAGGUUUAUGCCAUGGCCUUCCGUUCCCCUGAACAUUUUGACUACCAGCCCCAUGAAGGUGAUGAGGUGGCUGAGAUCCAGGUUGAGAUGGAACUUCGGGAUGAAAUUUUGCCCAGAGCCCAAAACAUCCAGAGUCUCCUGGACCGAAAGACCCUCGAAACAGAAGAGGUGAAUAAGACACUGAAGGCAACACUUCAGGCUCUGCUAGAAGUGGUGGCAUCAGAGGAUGGGGACAUGCUGGACCCUCUGCAGGCCAGCCCUUCCACUGAGUCCCUCAAGUCCACAAGCUCAGACCCAGGCACCCGACAGACAGGCCGCAGACGGAGUCAGCAGCAGGAGACAGAAACCUUCUACUUUACGAAGCUGCAGGACUAUCUGAGUGGCCGGAGCAUGCUUGCCAAGCUGCAGGCCAAGCAUGAAAAGCUGCAGGAGGCCAUACAACGAGGUAAUAAGGAAGAGCAAAAAACAUCUUGGACCCGGUGCACAGAGAGAAAAUUCCACAAGAGCCACCAUCCCCGUCCUACCUCCCAGUAUAACCAGAAACUCUUUGGAGUCGACCUGGAGAAAUUUAUCCAGAGCUCAGGUCAACCUGUGCCCCUUGUGGUGGAGAGCUGUAUCCGUUUCAUUAAUCUCAAUGGCCUGCAGCAUGAAGGCAUCUUCCGGGUGUCGGGUGCCCAGGCCCGUAUCUCUGAGAUCCGAGAUGCCUUUGAAAGAGGGGAGGACCCUCUGGUGGAAGGUUGUACUUCUCAUGACCUAGACUCAGUGGCUGGGGUGCUGAAGCUGUACUUUCGGAGCCUGGAGCCCCCACUCUUCCCUUUGGACAUGUUUAAUGAGCUGCUGGCUUCAGCAGAACUAGAGGCUGUGGGAGAGCGCAUACAGCCUGUGAGCCAUCUGCUGUCCAGACUGCCCAGACCUGUACUAGUGGUUCUGCGAUAUCUCUUCACCUUCCUCAACCACCUGGCCCAGUACAGCGAUGAGAACAUGAUGGACUCCUACAACCUGGCUGUAUGCUUCGGGCCCACACUGUUGCCUGUGCCUGCUGGGCAGGACCCUGUAGCCUUGCAGGGUCGGGUGAACCAGCUGGUGCAGACUCUUAUCCUGCAGCCAGCGCAAGUUUUCCCAUCCCUGGCCACGCUGCCAGGCCCCAUCUAUGAGAAGUGCAUGGCACCACCUUCUGCCAGCUGCCUGGGGGAUGGCCAGUUGGAUAGCCUUGCUGGGGAGCCAGAGCUGGAGUUGGAAGCUGGGACCACAGCUCAGGAGGAUGAAGCAGAAGGAGUUGUGGAGGCUGUGGCUUGCUUUGCCUAUACUGGCCGCACGGCCCAGGAGCUGACCUUCCAGCGGGGCGAUGUACUGCGGCUAUAUGCUCGGGCAUCAAGUGACUGGUGGCGAGGGGAGCAUGCUGGCGUGCAGGGACUCAUUCCCCAUAAGUACAUCACACUGCCUGAGGGGGAUGAGAAGCGGACAGCUAGUUUGCAGACCACGGCGGAAUCUGUGAGCCAACCAGAGGGCUUCCUGACCUUGGAGUUUACCAAUCGGCUGGAAUUAGGCAUCCCACGUGAGGCUGUGGGUGCCUCUGGGCACAGAGGACACUUUUUGGUCCCCACCUCCCCUGAGCGACCUGUGGAAAUAGAUAAGGUUGUGGCGCAGAACAUGGACUCUGUGUUUAAGGAGCUCUUGGGAAAGGCUACUGUCCGCCAGGGACAUGGGCUAGCAUCUACAGCCUCUCCCAGUCUAGGAACCCGAAACCUGAAGCCCUUGGCCUGCAGCAGCUUCGGCAAAAACAAAGUCUUCUCCCGGGGACCUGGGACUCCAGUCUCUCCCUCAGCCUCCCAUUCCCAGGGUCCAGACUCAACUCGCAAGCCACUCUGAGGCAGCUUAUCUCAGCAGUCACCAACCCACCAUUUCUCCUUAGGCCUUUUUGGGAAGUAGCAAAGGAAGGAGGCUAGAGACAAGCCCCUCUGUACCUUUGCUGGGAAACCCUGAGCUGUGGCUGUGGAGGAUGGAAGGUGCAGCAAUUCAUAAAGACCCUUACAGUGGCUGCUGUUGUAAUAACCUACACUCUGUUUGGAUGUGCUAAACAGGUCCAGUGCAGUACAGCUCCCAGAGCCUGCACUGCUAGAGGCCAGAUACCAAGACAGAAGGUUGAACAGCUUCAACAGCUUCUCCUGGGAAAGAGGGUCCUCUGACAUGGAGCUAGCUGCCUGUUGUCAUUUGGGGACCUGAUCCCAAAAGUACAAUCUUGGUUGCUCAUAUCACA